CUCCUGGCAGCUUAGCUGAUGCUGUCUCUCCUGUAAGCACACUUAAUAUUUCAGACUCUCCUCUCUCUGCUGGACUUUUUUCACUUGGCUGGAGCAAACCAGACUAGUGUUUGGAAGUGCACUGUCUGUGCUUGAGCCUAAUCUUUUCAUUUUGCAAACAGUAUUGAAACUAGGUUGCAUGGCGGGAGAAGAACCAUACAAUGUCAGAGGAUGUGGUUUCUGAGUUUGCAGAACUGCGAUGAACAUAAUUUGAAUAUAAAUGAAUAGCAAAAGGAAGCAACAUUUGCUAUACACCCUUUUAACAGAUUGAGGUGCUGAUGUAAUGAAAAUGAAAAUCUUGUCAUUUUCAAUAUAUGUGAGAAGCUCGAUAGUGUUUUUUUUUUUAUCUUGGUAAAAACUCUUCUGUCACUUCUCUGCUGCUUUGGUGAUUCAAAAGUGAGUUUUCUUCAGAACUCCAGGCUCUACGACUUCCCUUUGAGAUGAACGUGUCCUUUGCUGGCAGCGUGCCGACUGUGACUGGCAAGCCUUGAGUGUUCAGAGCCAGGACAACAGCAUCAUCUUACUAGAAGCUGCUGAGAUGGGCUGCGGACUGCCGAAACUGGAGAAGCCAGACAAGAACAGCCCCGGCAAAAUCUACUCCACCCUAAAGAGGCCACAGGUAGAAACCAAAGUCGGGACUGCCUACUCCUACUGCUUUCUAGACUUCACAGUUGGGAAGGAUGCAGAGAUCAGCGGGUCCUCAGCAGUCAAGCUCUCGUCUCUCUAUGAGCUGCCCGUCCAGCUGCAGGAGUUGUACCUGCAGGGCUUCGUCCUCGCUGCAGUCCAUCCCUUCGUGCACCCGGCCGGCGAGAAGGACCAGACUCCACAGGAGGGCCUCUUCAGAGCCGUGCUCAUCAAGCAGGCAGACAGCUCUGAAAAAAACAACCAGAACGGUGAGCCCCACAGCCUGGAAAUGAACAUGUGCCUGUCUUCCGACCAGCUUCCUGGUGCAGAACUCAUUCAGGGCUUUGUUAAGAGAGUGCAGGUAGCUGCAGAACAGGGAGUGAAGUUUGUGGGGUUCAUCCAACAGUAUGGUUUUCCAGUGAACUUGAACCCACACUCCUCUGAGGCUGAAUCGUCGUCAUUGCAUUGCAGCCGGAGUAGUUCAGAGAAGGAGGAAAGUUCACAAAAUCUCAUCCCUGAGAGCAGACCAGAUUCAGUGGAAGCCAAUUGUGAGCAGGUGGUGAGUCGCUCGGGUGACGUGGAAGUAAAUGUGGAGCAGCAGGUCCUUGAGAAAUUAUCUCAGACUUUGUCAAAUGAAGAUGAAGGACAGAUUGAAGUGAUGAACUCCGCUGAAUUGGCAGAAGUCAACGAGGUGGGGGAUAAGCCUGACGGGGCUUCUGAGGCCAAAUUGGCGGCACCCACAACAAAUGGGCCUGCUGAACAUUCGGCAGAGGAUUCCAGUGAGCACAUGGAGGUGAACCAGGACUCUGAAAACAGCAGGGACAACGGGACGCCUGGAAACACUGAACACACAGAGCACAAAGGAUCGAAAAGGGCAGAAGUCCAGACAUUUGCACUGUUCAACACCCCCAACAGCCAGCAGAGCUCGUGCAGGUAUUACACAGUGAAGGUGCCUCUGAAAGUCCACAGGAAAGGCCAGGGGGUCAGCAGUGUGGAGGCAGACUGGCUGGAUCACAUGACCCAGCACUUCACCAAUGGGGCGCUGCUGGUUGACGGGUACUUCCACCUUGAAGCAGAAAAUGAGUUGACACCCCGGUCAGUGGAAGGCACGUUCAUAUUUGAGGAGGCUUCUGAGAUGGACUCGACAGCUGCACAGGCCUACGAUGCCAUUGUCGUGGAACAAUGGACAACUUUCCAAGGUGCUGAGAUUAAGACAGAUUAUAUACCCCUGUUGAAAUCUCUGGCUGCCUUUGGGUGGAGGCUGACCUGUGUGCUUCCUACUCCAAUUGUGAAGACAAACAGUGAAGGGAAUUUGGCGACAAAGCAGAUUGUUUUUCUCCAGAGACCUUUCCUACCCCGAAAGAAAAAGGAAUCGAAGAAAUUAAACUUCAAGACACGAAGCAAGCUAAAUAAAAACACAAUCAAAGAUUUAUCAAACCGGAACCGAAAAACAAACGCAUCAUACCUGAAAGAGAAGGAGCAGGAGGACCAGAACAUUCUAGAAGACGUGCAGAAAGAGAAUGAGAAAGACACAGAACAGGAAGACAGAGAAAACAGCAUGGAGAAAACCAGUCCAAAUGAAACAGAGACACAAGAUACAGGAAAUGAAAAAGACAGGGAGUGCGCAACAGAGGAAGAGCGAGACAGUGAGACAGCUGCACCGGAACAGAAUCCAGAAUCACAAAGCACUGAGACCAGCGGAGGAAUUGAGGGGGGCAGUGUUAAUGGCUGUGAUGCCUCUGUCCAGGAGACAUGUGCAACAGACACUUCAUGCGACACCAGCUGUGUCCCUGAAAUCAGCUGUGAUUGUGAUUAGAAAACAGAAAACGGCAAUUGAUAGUCACCUAUAAGGGGAAAGGGUUCAAUCGCUCACAGUAACCCAUUCUCUUCACUCUCCAGAUAAGCACACUCAGGAGGACAGUCCUGUUGUGAACUGCAGACAUUAUCCAAUAGCCAGGGAAGUGGGGCCUUGGCAAGGAUACUUUGGGUUGCUUUUUUAAAACAAGCUGCUUUGAACAGUUAAUUAAAUGAGGCAGAAAGGAUACAAAACUAAAGAUGGUUUUUAAAGGAGAACAUGCUAUAUUGCAAACUGUACAUUUCACCAAAAACCUACAAUAAAUACACAGUAUUCUCGCUUUAUUUAAGCACCAAUUAAAAUGAGAUCAGUCAACUCUUUCUAACAUGGAAAGGAAACCAACUGACUUUUAGUAUACUGGUAUGACAAAAAUAGAUCAGUCAUACCCUAAAGUUAAACACAAGCAACUGUAAGUUGCACAGUAAGUUUGCUUUCUUUAAAAUAUAGCUUAUUUUUAAAGUCUAGGGUAAUAUGGUCGUGGUUGUUUCCUGUGAUAUGCAUCAUUUUCUAAACAACUGUUUGCAAACGCAAGCAGACUGCCACUGUAGUUUCUACAUUCUAGCUAAUGUAAAUUAAACAUUUGUGAAGAUUGAAAUGUUUUUGACCUCUUAAUGUUAGGUAUGUGUCUUCAUGGUAAGCAAGGUCAUUUUGGAGUGUGCAGAAAUGUUUUAAUAUUGUAUGUAAGUGGACCAGCAAUGCACAACAGUCCACAGGUUUCUGGAUAAUAAAUAUAAUCGUGACUGAAUCUAACAAUCUACAGUAAGAACAUGUCCUCAUCUUAAGUGUCUAUAAGCACAUAUCUUAAACAGUUUCUAAUUAAACUAAUUUAGUAAGCUUUUUGAAAUGUUACCAAACGACCACAGUAUGAAACAAAGCAGAAAACAACUGUUAAAACUAACAUUGGAAAAUGAAAUUGGUCCCUUAGAUUAUUGGUGUUGAAACGAUCUUAUAAAAGACCAUGGUAAAUGUGCACGAUAAUUUUGCAAUUUUCCCAUGCUUUUCCUAUAGCUUACCAAUGUUUGCUGUAAUUUUAAAUAUUUUUUUUUACCAUGCUUACCUAUGCUUUCCCAUACUUUGACUGUCCUUCAUUACACUUUGCUAUGCUUUUACUAUGGUAAACUUAUAUAAGGGUACUUAAAGCUGUAAUACAAAAUAAUGGUUUUAUCUGCUAGUAAAACACAUUUUAGUUAAGAUGUUUGGAACCCCAGAUGUUAUGGUUAUUUCUACACUACUAACACAGUGCAUGAAUGAUCAUGUUUAAUUUAUAUAAACAGAUGGAAAUGAUUUUAUGUGACCAGUACUCUAUGCCAGUUUGGUCAUAUUUAAAUAUUUUAAUUGGACUGUCAGGACAUAUGCUCAUUAGAGAAUCUUCCUUUUUAAGUGGGAAAUACAGUUUUUGUAAAGCAAGUUAGUUGAAGCUACGAAAGAUAAGGUAUAAUCAGAAUAAAUUAAAUAUGUAUCCUAAAUCACCAGUAACAUACAUUAAAAAAGAAAAAUAAUAAUCUAGUCUAGUAUGGAAAAAAUCACGUACUGUCAGCCUGUAAUGGUUUUUACAAGUGCCCUUGCCUUGCUCUCAAUGAAAUGGAAAGGUUAGCUGAGAUGACAGGGUUGCCAGUAAGGACUGUGAGUAUCUUCAGAUAUGUUCCACUUGCAUGGCUCUUGUUAUUGGCUGGACCAAUUCUGUUAUUUAAGCUCUUUUUCAAAUCACAUUUUUUGUAUAUUUGUGUACACUUAGAAGUGAAUUUAGAGCAUUAUUCAUAUUCAUUGUCUUAAAUGUGUGUCACUACAAGACCCCCCUCCUCAAAGGAAAGAUACCUUCAGUCCACCUUGACACCCACUAAAACAUGCACACCUUGCCAACAUUUAUAAUUUGCCAUGAGAUCCUAAAUGCAAGAAGUUUGUUUAAAAUAGGUCAGAUGUGGUGAUAAUUUAAUGAGCCCCCAAUUAUCUGGAGGGAUUGAUUCAUAAAGCAAUUGUAACAUAAACCUAUCUCGAGACAAGUAAACAUGUAUUUGGAUGCCUUCUCAAGACACGCCUUUAGCUAUGUAGUGGGACAGUACAUAGCUUAGUUUAUUUUAUUUACGAUGCUAGCAUACCAUAUAUAUUGUUUAAACACAUACUUUAAAUAUGCUGCUUUGUGACCCGACCUGAAUGACGACACAACCAAAAAACAUUCUGCUUUUGCAUUUCCUGCAGUUUAUGACAUUUGAUUACAUCACUGUACCUUAUGUGUAUAUAAUGAUAUUGAU